GACUUGUUUCUUGCCUUGCGUCCGGACGCACGUGCAACCACAGCGCUCAUCUGAUACCGGAUACCGGAUACCGGAUACCGGAGACACUUCGCUGAAAAUGCUCCCGUUAUCCAUCAAAGAUGACGAGUACAAGCCUGCCAAGUUUAACCUGUUCGUCAAAUUAUCGGGCUGGUUCAGAUCAAUUCUUGCUGAUAAGACCUCUCGCAAUCUGUUUUUCUUCUUGUGUUUGAACCUGUCCUUCGCUUUCGUGGAGCUCUCCUAUGGCAUAUGGAGUAACAGUUUAGGUUUGAUAUCCGAUUCCUUUCACAUGUUCUUCGACUGCACUGCUCUCCUGGCAGGUCUUGCAGCGUCAGUGAUCUCACGGUGGCGAUCCAAUGACUCCUUCUCAUACGGGUAUGUCAGAGCAGAAGUUCUUGCAGGCUUUGUGAACGGCCUUUUCCUCAUCUUUACAGCCUUCUUUAUCUUCUCUGAGGGAGUGGAGAGGGCGCUAGAACCCCCUGAUGUACAUCAUGAACGGUUGCUGCCGGUGUCCAUAGCAGGACUGUUGGUGAAUCUUGUAGGAAUAUUUGUUUUUCAGCAUGGAGGACAUGGACAUUCGCACGGCGAUGAAGGUCAUGGCCACAGUCAUUCACUUUUUAAUGGCAGUGUGGGACAUGGACACAGUCAUGGAGGCCACAGUCAUGAGUCCAAGCACGGACAUGAUCACGGGCAUUCACAUGGAGGGCAUGGACAUUCACACGAAGAUCCCCACUGCCAUGAUGACCACUCACAUACGCCAGGAAAAGGCUCCAGCAAGCAAAUAUUACAAGGAGUUUUCCUGCACAUUGUUGCAGACACGUUGGGCAGUGUCGGUGUCAUCAUAUCAGCCAUUCUAAUGCAGAAAUAUGACCUGAUGAUCGCAGACCCUAUCUGCUCCAUGCUGAUCUCAAUUCUUAUUGGAGUGAGUGUGGUUCCUCUGCUCAGGGAAUCCAUAGGAAUUCUCAUGCAACGGACGCCACCUUCUCUGGACCACGUUCUUCCUGAAUGCUACCAAAGGGUCCAGCAGCUUCAGGGUGUGUAUAAUCUUCAAGAACCUCAUUUUUGGACCCUUUGCACAGACGUAUACAUCGGUACUCUCAAACUCCUUGUGGCACCCGACGCAGAUUCUAGAUGGAUUCUCAGCCAAACACACAACAUUUUCACACAGGUUGGAGUCAGUCAACUGUAUGUUCAGAUUGAUGUGGCGGCCAUGUAGGAGUCCACCACACUUCUCCUGAUCUUUGGGAGUCUCGGGACCAAAGGCCUUCUGUGCUGCUGUGGGGAAGUUCUCCACCCCUAACCCGUCUCUAUUUGGGUUUUUGUCACUCCACCUCUGUCUUGGAUCAAGAUGGAGCUGGUGUAGUCCAGCAAUCUGACUCCGCUCUUACCAGAAAAAUGAUGACAAAAUACCAACUGACCAGCUAUGACUGUGAUGUUUUGGAGGGAAACAAGAACUUGCAACAUGGAUGUUGCCAGCAUGGUCAUUUGAAGUUCCCAUUUGCUUUUUCCCAUAAUCCCAUCGGAAUGUUUCCUUUCUUAAUUAUCGCCCUUUCCAUUAGCAGAAUGGGGUUUUAAUUAAUUGUUGGGAUGAGUGUGUACAGUUCAGUGGACGUUUGUAAAAAUUGCGUAACGGUAUGUGAUUCAUUGACACUUUUUGUACAUCAUGUGCUGUUCUGUUGCACAGUUGUAAAGAGGUGCAGAAUUUGUCGCCAAUGCCAUUAUAAACGUAUACAGAUUUGUCUGCAUUUCUUAAGUGCCUUUUUAAAACCAAUCAUGGACAAUCGCUUGAACAAUAUUUAAUGGCCAACAUGAAAACUGGACCUAUUUGACCUUGGGUUCUGUCUUUAAUUAAAACAUUCCUUUGCAUCAGGCUUGCUGUUUAAUGUAUGGUGUGAUAUUUGUAUGAAAAAGGUCUAAAGUCUUGUAUAGAUGGAAGGACAUGCAAAUGGCUCUAUUCAAACAAAAAUCUUUUCACUGACCUUGACAUUGUAUGGAAAUGGCAAAACUCGAGUCCAAGAUUUCCUACAUUUAUGUACAGGACAGUACAAGCUUCAGUUGGCACGUUCAACAUAUUUGUAGUAAAAUGUUGUCAUUGGAGCCUAUUAAUAUAUUUUUUUUAUUGGUUGAAAUGGUUCAUGGGUAAUAUGGUUUGGACAAAAUAUCUCAAGAUUUUGCAGUGUAAAAUUGCUUUAGAGAUUCUUCAUUCCCAUUUUGGGAUAUAUUUUCCACAUUUCUCCAUAUUUUGCCUGGUGUAUUUCAGCAGUACUCAAAUCAGAGAUAAAAUAGAGAAAUUCUGCUCAGUAUUAGGCAAUGAUGUUGGAGAUUAGUAGAGUUUUGAUUAUAUUAGACAUCUUAAAAUUAUGAAGGGGUUUAAAGUAAUAUUGCCAGACUUUCAGGACAGUAUCUUGUCAAAUCAAUCAAUGCCAAUCCAAAUGUUGAGCCUUACGUAUAACGUUAGUUAAAAAAAUUCUACAGUCAUAUUUGGCUUUAUAAUUUUCUGUUACUUGUUGGGAUAAAUGUGGAAAUAACAAUUAGACAUAAUAUUUGUUACAUAUGGAUUUAACACUUUUGUAUUCAUCCAUUCUAUUGAAAUGAUACAUGACUCUUUAUAUCAAAGCUUCUCUUCUAUUCAACAAUAAAUCAUAUUUUCUUGAGAGACAGCAGGA